AUGGCCAUGGCGUUCCCCGCCCUCGGGCAGCGGCCUUUCCCGCUGGUGCUGGACGCCGACCCGCCGCCGCCGGCGGCCCCCGCCCUCGUCCCCCGUCCCGCCCGCGCCGCCCGCGCCCCCCGCCCGGGGCUGCAGCAGCGGCUGCGCCGGCGGCCCGGGGCUCCGCGGCCCCGCGACGUGCGGAGCAUCUUCCAGCCGGCGCGGGCCCCGCGCGGGACGGCCGAGCGCGGAGACGGGCACCGCAACGGCUGCCACCUGUGCCCACCGGAGGGGCCACCACCGCCGGUAACCUGCGCCCUCUGUAUGAGGAAACUGAGGCAAAGAAGUCGAAAAUGUACAAACUGCCAAUACACUUGCCACCAGGAAUGCCAAGAGCUGAUCCAGCUGGACUGCAGUCAGCAGGAUGGGCCAGCCUGGGUCAGGCCUCCCCCAGGAUGUACCCUCACAUCCAGCUCCCACCAGAUUGUCUGCAAACCUGUGGAGGAGGAGGAGGAGGAGGAGGAAGAGAAGCCCCGGGCCCCCACGCUGCAGGAGAUUAAGCAGAAGAUCGACAGCUACAAUGCCAAGGAGAAGAACUGCCUGGGCAUGAAGCUGAGCGACGACGGCACCUACACCGGCUUCAUCAAAGUGCACCUGAAGCUGCAGCGGCCCGUGACCGUGCCCGCCGGCGUCCGGCCCCAGUCCGUCUACGACGCCCUCAAGGAGGUGAACCCGGCCGCCGUCACGGACAGGCGGACCUCUUUCUACCUGCCCCUGGACGCCGUCAAGCAGCUGCACAUCAGCAGCACCACCACGGUCAGCGAGGUGAUCCAGGGCCUGCUCAAGAAGUUCAUGGUGGUGGACAGUCCCCAGAAAUUCGCCCUCUUCAAGCAGGUCCGGAGGGACGGGCAAGUGCUCUUCCAGAAACUGCCCAUCGCAGACUGCCCCCUCUACCUCCGCCUGUCAGCCGGCCCGGACACGGAUGUCCUCAGUUUCGUGCUGAAAGAGAACGAAACCGGGGAAGUGGAGUGGGACGCCUUCUCCAUCCCGGAGCUGCAGAACUUCCUCAUCAUCCUGGACAAGGAGGAGAACGAGAAGAUCCAGCAAGUGCACAGAAAGUACAACAAGUUCAGGCAGAAACUACAAAAGUCCCUGAGAGACGCCCAAGGCCAACCGGGGUAGUUUCCCCCCAACUUUGCCCCUCGUCGGUGCCGAGGAGGAUGGACGGAUGGAUGGAAUUAUUUCACAACGACACUUUCUCAGGACUCCCCCUGGCUGGGCCCGUCCCCAGUCCCACACCCGGCUGCUCCAGAAGUGGCACAAAUCCCGGCCAAAGGACGAGUGUUUCCUGUUGGAUUUUACCUUCUACGUCCCUCCCCCGCUGGGAACUCCGCUCCAGGGACGCUGCCAGGCUAUUAGGAAAGAAAAGUCUCCUCUCUCCCAACCCGUGAACUCUUCCCAAGCCAAAUACAGCUGCUGCUGCCGCUCCUCCUCUCCCGAGCCGCCGGCCCCUCCCAGCAAAGCAUGACGGAGGAAAGACCAAAAACAACAAAAAAAUGUUCUUAAGGCAAGCGCGCUCUCCACCGGCCUUUCACGUUGACUCGGUUUCUUCCCUUGACCCAGGCCCUCACCACCCUCCUCCCACAGACGGUUUUAUUUAUUUCAAGGGUGGCGGGGGCGGCAUCUGGCGAGGACCGCCCGCCUCUCAGGAAGCGGGUAAAGCCAACCGAGUCGCGAGGUCUGGGAGAUCGGGGGGGGCGGGGUGGAGGCGACCAGCCCUCCCGUAUUCCAAAUGGGCCAUCCCCCCGCCACGGAGCCUCAGCCCAGAGCAGCUGGGCCAUGACCUCGAGGACUCAGGCCUAGGCGGGCCGGAAUUCCCCGCUUCCAGCUGGGAAGGGAGGCCGUCCGGUCAGGCGCAGGAUGGGGUGUGCGCGGACGCGCGUUCGUGGGCGCACCCGUGCACGUGGUUGGUGUCGACGCGUUAGCGUUUGCUUUUGAGAAAUAUGAAUGCAAUUUGCCUUUGUUCUGCUGCCUUCUCCCCAGGACCCCAGCCCAUCCCUGCCCUCCUUUCCUCCUUGGGGGGAGGAAAAUGGGGAUGAUUGGAUUAACCCAACCUCCCCGUCCCAGCUCGUCCACCCUCCAUCCCGGAGUCGCCCAGGGAUUGGGGGCGGAGCGAUCAGUCCCCUCCCACGCUCAUCCCUGUUCUCCCUUGGGCCUCUGCCCAUCCCAGGCCCAAAGGGCGCCUCCGCUCAUAGCUGUGGGAAGCUCCAAACUUUCCCGACCAGCCCGCUGCCUCCUUUCCAGACCCCGACGGGGCGCAUCCUGUCCCCGGUGUGACUUGAGGCCGGAAGGCCACGGAAACCUCUCCCUCUCCUUUGACCUCAGUGCCUUUUUUAAUGUCAAAGUGAGAAGAGGACAGGAGAGAAAGGCUCCCGGGUGGGCCUCCCCUCUGCUGCUGUCCCCACCAGAAAGGUGACCGGUACCCCGGCCGAGUGGAGCGUGGGAGAGGGGAAGAGGACAAGAAGAUAGUUUUUCACCACGGUGGUCGGUGGGGGACAAAAGCAACCGCCUACAUGGGGGCUCUCUCUCCCCAUCUUGGGGGUGGCAGCAAUGGGUCCAAAGUAAAUGGGGAAAGAAAAGUGACUUUUUUUCCCCCCCGGCUGGAAGGGGAAGCUGGUACCUAAUGCUCUCUGCCUUCAGGGAGCAGCAGCCCCCACUGCCUCCGCUCCGGCCCCCGAGGGGCCGGUGACCUCUUGCUACAAGCUGUAAAGAUGAAAGCCGCAAAAGCUGCAUGCUUGAUAGUCUUUUUUAAAAAAAAAAAACUCCAUCUCGCACUUCCCUCCGGUAUAAGUUUUCAAAUAGAAAGGUCCUUUUCUCCUGCCUCUCCUCCCCACCCCCGGUCGCAAGCCCAGCAUGUCUUUAAAGAAGGCACACGGCCAUAGCGGGCUUACCAUGAAUGCUGCUGAAAACCUCCCUUUGCUGGGAUGGCUAUUUUUUUUAUAAAAGAAAAACAAUUAAAUAUAGAGAGAGAGCGAGAGAGAGAGAGAGAUGGGGGCGUUUAUACUUAAAAAAAAAAAUAAACUAUUGAAAAGCUCAGAUCCUAACUGAAGCACAGCUUGACACUGGUCUUGAGCUGAGCUGAUGUCUCAGUCUCUCCCAAGGUUGUAGAGUCGGUAUCCGUUCCCUCCACAAGCUGGGUGUGACUGCCGGCAAUGUUGCUAGGGCUGUGUUGCUCAGCGAGUGAGCGUGUUGCGUGGAUUACUUUUUAUUUUAACAUCAGUCUGUCCUGUAGAAACAAAAGCGAAUAAAUAAAUGCUUCCUUGGCAAAAACGGACAA